UAUAUUUAUCAAUUGCAGAUUCUUUCCCGCCAAAAAUGCGCGCGUGGAUGCGCAAAGCGAUUUAAAUUGAUUUGAAUUAACUGUUUCGAACGAACACCUGUUGCUAUUGUCUAAAAGCUUUGUGAAUCUUUUAUUCCAAUAGCUUUAAUAUUCUUUAACCAAGCCCAUGGAUGAAGACGAUUAUGAAGCUCUCCGACAAAAAAAUAUAUCCGAAAGGAACGCUAUUUUUGCAGAUCUUUUCAAAGAUAUAAAGAAACAAACGAGAGAAAUUAAAGGACUGGAGAAGAAACGAUUGAGCAGUCACGAUACCGAAAAUCAACCGUCCAAGAAAAGACGUAGAACAACUUCAGAAAGUGUAGAAAAUUUUCAUGGUGGUGGAAUACGUUUGCAGUUUCGUCGAACAUACAACACUAGAAGCCGAAAGAAGGCAUCCGGCAACGAUGAAUCUAACGAUUCUGAAAAUGAGAAUGAAGAAAAUGACUUAUCAGAGUCUAAACGUAAUCGACCCAAAUUGAGAGUUUUAUUUCCAUGGGCAAAGCCAUUUCAGCGCUCCAUUGAUUUAAUGAAAAUGGGUGUAUGUGAUGUAGACGAGGAAGAAGAAGAAGAAGAUUACAAAAAUGACAGUUUCGAUGAAAAUAGGCGAGAAAGAAGAGUUUACAAAGUAACAAAAUCUGCAUAUGAUCCUGAAAGCAUACCAUCGGUAGAUGAGAUUACGCAAGAGAUGUUAAACAAUGUAGUGAAAAAAAUGUCCUUGAAAACAUAUUGUAAAAUUAAUGGUACAAGCUGUCACCAAUGUAGACAGAAGACUUUGGAUACAAAAACAGUUUGCAGAUCAGGAGAAUGUGUAGGUAUUAGAGGACAAUUUUGUGGUCCAUGUUUGCAAGGAAGAUAUGGCGAAAAUGCUAUAGAAGCAUUAAAAGAUCCAGAUUGGGCUUGUCCACCCUGUAGAGGCUUGUGUAAUUGUAGUAUAUGUCGCACUAGAAGUGGACUUUGUCCUACAGGUAUUUUAGCUCCUAUUGCACGGGAGGAAGGAUACUCAUCUGUUAUGGACUAUUUGCAAGCAUCAGAAAUCGAUGAUAAUUAAACAUUCAUGCAUUAUAUGAUUAAGUUUAGUUAUGUAAAAUAUCAAUAUUGACUAGAAUGUCAGUUAAAAUCAUUGAAUUAAGAAUUUAUUUUAGAUGCAUAUUUUGAUACAUUAAAUAUUGAGUAAAUUUUACAUGUCUCACCUACA